AUGUAAAACUUUAAUAGUAUGAUGGAUUUUUUAAAAGGACGCGUAUUGGAUAGAGAGGAGGAAUGGAAAAAGGAAAGACAUGAUUAUUAAGUAAAUAUACAAUCUAAUAAAUUCAGACAUUAAUAACAGAAUUAAGAGAAUAAUUAGAGAAUUAAAAAAAUAUAAAUAAAUAAUUAUCAGAACGUCUUGAAAGAUUAGAAUCUAUUAAGUUUUCCUUUUUACCUAAUAGUGAAAUGAUUAAGUAAAAAUUAUCGAUAUGAUUUGUUAGGAAAUAAUCGAUUAAGUAACUUCAUCAUAGGGUUAAGAGUGAUAACGGAAUUUUCUUAAAGAAUGAUAUACAUGAUUAUAAAUUAAUUACUUAACCUAAUAAUGAAAAAAUGAUUUCAAAAGAAAAGAAACCAUUAUUAUAAAAGUAUUUUAGGAAUAGUUAAAAUAUAGUUUCUUAAAAGAAUUAAAAAAUGAAGAAAAUGAUGAUGAACAAGUUUUAAAUUAGAUUUACUUUCAUUCUCCUAUUAAUCUAUAAUUACCUUAAACUACAAAAAUUAAUUAAAUUUUAAUCAAUUAAAAUACAUACAAUACAUGUUAACCAAAAAUAAAACACCAUCAUCAAAGAAGUAAUAGUAAUGGAGCAACUGAAUUAUUGAAUUUUGCAAUUUAAAGAAAAAAAUAAAUUUUAGAAACAAGUUAAAAUUAAUUAGAAGGUGUAAGUAUGACAGAAAGAGAAAUUAUUGUAGGAAAAGAAAUAUUUUAAACUAAAGGAUAAUUAAGGAGUCAUUUAGAUGGAGUAAGAUCUAUAUUAUUUUAAAAUAAUUGUAUUGUGACUGCUUCAGAAGAUUGUACUAUAAAAUUAUGGAAUUUAAAUUAAAUUCAAUCCAUGAAUGCCCAAACUCAUUUAGAACCUGCUUAAACUAUUAGAUGUAAUCUCUUAAAAAUUAUGUUAAGAACAUGAUAGACCAAUAUUUACAAUGACUGCCUAUUCUAAGACUCCAUAUAUACAUUUAUAUUCAGCAGGAGUUGAUGGAACUAUUAGAACAUAUAUAGGAUCUGGAGAUUAGUAUUUUUCUUGGCAUGCACAUACUGAUGUAAUUUGGUCUUUAAAACAUCAUCCACAUGAUUAAAGAUUAUUAUCAUCCUCAGCAGAUGGUUCAGUAAAGAUGUGGAAAUCCCUUGGAGUUUGUUAUUAAAAUGAUUUACUCAAAAAAGGAAAUUUAAAUCUUGAAAUGUUGUAAAAUCCAUUAGCUAAUUUUACAUUUAAGAAAUCAAUGACUGGAUUGUCUAUUCCAACAGCAAUUGAAUGGAUAUGCAAAGGUUUUAAUGAAACAAUAAUUUGUGGUUAUAGUGAUACUCUAACAUUUAUAGUUUAUGAUGUUACAAGUGUGAAAGCUAUUCAAUAAAUUAGAUUUGAUUCUGAAAACUAAUUUAAUCUAUUUGCUUAACCUAAUAGAGUAUUAUUUAAUAAUGAACUCAAAUAUAUUGUAUCUGGUCAUGAUGAUAAUAAAAUAAGAUUUUCUGAUAUCAAUACUAGUAAAGUUUGCAAAACUCUUAUAGGACAUACUGAUGCUGUAACUGAUUUAUGUUUACUACCAAAAAAUAUCUAUUAAUUAGCAAGUGUUAGUCAUGAUGGAAGUCUUAGAACAUGGGAUAUAAGAAAAUUUUAAUGUUUACAUGAAAUUCCAGUAAAUUCUUUAUUAAAUUUGAUUAGGCACACAAAUAAAAAUAUGAUGAAAGUAUUUAUACUAUAGCAAGUAAUAAUUAAUUUGUAGCAACUGGAGGAGCAGAUGGUAUUGUAAAAAUCUUUAAUUACUCCGAUGUAAUUUGA